AACCAACCUGGAGCUCUUCUCCUAUUUCCGUUAAACAUGGCGGCUUACCUCGCAAUUCGCACGGUGUCGUUGCGAGGAGCCUUCGGUCUACACAGGAGGACGCCGGGAUCUCCUAUUACAUCCGCAAGGCUCGGGUGCUCCUAUGCCACAGACGCGCCGUUCCAAGAGUCGACGGAGGAAUAUCACUUCGUCGAGCGUCUCAUCCCGCCAUCGCGGGUGCCCUCUCCGCCCAAGCACCUCGGGCCGACCCCGUCCGGUUGGACCCCCCCGGCAGAGUCCCCGCCGGCUCUCCCUUACAUGAUCCGCCGCUCCCGCAUGCACAACAUCCCAGUGUACACUGACGUGACCCACGGGAACCGUCACAUGACGUUGGUCCGGAAGGUGGAAGGCGACAUCUGGGCUUUGGAGCGAGACGUCAAAGAGUACCUGAAGAAAGUGACUGGCCGAGAAUUACCGACGCAAGUAAACGAGGUCACGAUGACACUGAGGGUCAAAGGCUAUUUUGAUAAGGAGCUGAAGGAAUGGUUGACCAGUAAAGGCUUCUAAAGGAACAUGGAGAAUGACUGCAUGGUUCUGUCAGACACACUUGAGUGACACUUAUUCAACCGUGUUUGAUAUCUUUGGAAUGCACACUAGUUGACUUUUGUCAGUGUUGCUUGUAGAUAAUUGCUUUCAAAUGUUCAUAAAGCAUACCUGUAAAUGCAUGCUCUGUAUAUUCUUCUUUGCAUCCAUGACACAGAGUAUCAACAACCUUUGACUCAACAUUUCCCGUUUAGUGAUGAUCUCCAGCAAAACGUGCAAUUAUGAAUACACACCAAACGGUGCACCUUAAUUUCCAUAUGUUCCGCUGUCAGUAUUGUAAAUGGCUUUGGCUAAAAUGGAUCGCGCAAAUUAGGGGUGUGUCAAAAUAUCGAAAUUGUGAUAUAUCGUGAUACUUUGCAUCCCAAAAGGUUAUCGAUUUGCUAAUGCCAAGAAUCAAGAUACCGGUUUAAAAAUGUGUUAAUGUUUAAAAAAAACAAAAAAAAAACAAGUUGCUACCAAGAUCUUCCACCAUAAUAGUGUCUCAGUUAUAUCUAUGCCUUCCAUUGACGGCGCUCGACACUGUCUAUUAAGAACGUCAUGGGGAAUGAACAUUUGUUCGUUCGAAACCAGAGCAUUCACAGUCACUCUUUACGAUUUUUGGGGCAUUUACAGGUCACUUCCUGUUCUGUAACCCAAAAUCAACAGGAAGUGACCCAUAAAAUGCCCCAAAAUUAACAGGAAGUGACCCUGAAAUGCCCCCAAAUCAACAGGAAGUGAAUAAAAGUCAACAGGUAAUGGCCUAAAAUGACCUUGUUGCCUGGCAUUGGCUGCCACUGGCUGCGUUUCAAUCGCGGUUUAAAUGACCCCUCGCUCAUUUGCCUUAGUCACCGCCCCCCCGGGGGAAUCCCCGCCGCCAUCUUAAGGGCCGUUCCAAUUCCCAAAACAGCAAAGUGAACUUGGUGAGAUGGAACCUCAGGUGGCUCAGUGAUCAAAUGGAAAAACGAUGGUCAUUCCGGAGCUCCCUGUAUCCCACAAUGCAUUGCAGUGGUACACAGAAAAUAUAUCCAUGCGGUGGUGAUAAUGAAGCUCAAAUACCGUUGGCUGCUGUCUAUUUACCACCAAAUAAGAAAAUGAAUGGAGGAGCCAGCACGGUGUUUGAAUGGGAUACCAAACUACCAAACCAAGAAUAAAAAAAAAAAUAGACUACGUGGCAGCUAUGGCAGGACGUAUGAAAUCACAGGAGUGCCCAAAAAAUAAAUAAAUAAAUGAGUAAAGAUAAAAAUAAACUUUUUUAUUGACUCACUUUUGUCAGUAAAGAAAAGGAAAAAACUGACAUUUUUUUGUCAUUGAUGUUUCUAUUUCGCUUGCCUCUUCUAUUUUUGCUUUUAACGAAAGAAAGGUCUGUCAAUCAAAUGGUGUUGGGAGGGACUGAACUUAAACUUCAAAUAGGUUAAAUGUAUUUGAACAACAAAUCUGUUUACAGAUUGUAAGGUAUAGACAAAUAAAUAAAUGAAUAAAUAAUGAAAUGCCUAAAUAAAAUUUGAUACAAAACUUAUAAUUCUGAUAAUUCCCAGGUACCAACAUAUUGCCAUCAAGCGCGGAAUACUUCUCCGGCUUAUUGACAUGAGUCGCAGUAUAUUUUGUGCGAUGUGGAAUAAUGGUGCCACCAGGGGGUGGCGAGGCCUGGCCAUGGCUCACCCCAAUAAAUUUGUUGGCUACCCCACUGGUCACCCCACUCGCCAGUAUAAUGUCAGAUUGUAGUAGCUGCGGAACUCAAAAUUCUGACUGGACUAUGUUCAUUAACACAAUAUAAUAGUAUACAAUAAACAAUAUAACACCAUCAACAAAAGUUUAUCAGAAGGUGUGUCUUGAAGUCUUUCUGACAAUUUUCUACUGGCCUGUUUAAUUCUACAACAUAGUAAAAACCUGAAAUUAUGGCUUUUAUUUUUGGGUGUGCCACCCCAAUGUUUUAAGUGGCCCCAUUUGGCCACCCCUAUGAAGAAUUUCUUGAGGCGCUACUGAUUUGAAAUAGGCAGUAUAGCGCUACUCCAACACCUAGUGGUUGUUCCAUGAAUUUCUUGCCUGUGAGUGAACGAGGGCAGUUGUGUUCCAUUUACGUCUUUCGCUCCCCCU